UCUGUACUCCUUUUCAUCAUUUGUCCCUCAUUCUGAAAUCCCGUGCAUUUAUAUAUAUAUAUUUAAUCGUGAAGCAUAUUGUGCUAUUUUUCUUUUUCCUUUUUCUUAGUCCGCCUUCUGCUCUCGCUGAAAAGAGACGCAAAUCGUUUUUUUUUUAUUUUGCAAGAAUGAUAGCAGAGGACGAGGACGACUUUUGUCCAACAAACGACGAGAACGAGCCACAGCGUCACUUUCCGGGCGAGGUUUUCAAGCCUCAACCAGAAUCACACGCAGGAGAAGGUGUCACUGAAGAUCUUCAUGUUGAGCGGCGGGACGCCGAGCCGGAGGAGCCAAAAUCCCCAAAACGUCCACACGCGAAAGACGAAGGAGCAGAGAAGGAGCUGCAGCCCUCAAAUGUCAAAGAGGAAGAGGAGGAGCACAGCAUCUGUCAGGAGGAAGAGGGCGACGCCGUCCCCCGUUUUCCAUUCACUGUUGUCCACGUGAAGAGCGAAGAUGACGGCGACGACGGAAACCGCCGCGGUGGAGGACGCCGAGCAGAGGGCCUCUCGGACUGCAACAACACGACGCCGGGAGUGGAAGAGUCUGAGAGUCGCGCUGACGGCACGCACUUGACGUGCGCUCAGUGCCGCAAGACUUUUACCAACAGGAGGAAUCUCCGAAGACACGCGAUCAUUCACACGGGAGAAAAACCUUUCAUGUGUUCACUCUGUGGGAAGCGAUUCUUUCAGAAAGGCUCUAUGAUAACACACACAAGAAAGCACACUGGAGAAAAACCUUUUCGCUGCUCGGUCUGCAACAAAUCCUUUAGUGAUUAUUCAACGUUAGUGAAACACACGAGAACACACACCGGGGAGAAGCCCUUUUCGUGCUCCGUCUGUGGGAAAAGCUUCUCCCAGAAGGUGGCCAUGAAAACACACACAAGGACACACACUGGGGAAAAAUCCUUUCCCUGCUCCGUCUGCCACAGAAGUUUUAAUGUUCGUUCAACGUUGGUUCACCACAUGAGAACUCACACCGGCGAGAAACCUUUUACCUGCUCGGUGUGCGCCAAAUGUUUCGGACAUCCUGCGGGACUGGCGAGGCACAUGAGAACGCACACCGGGGAGAAACCCUUUUCCUGCUCCACCUGCGGCAGACGUUUUACCAUUCGCAAGACUUUGGUUCAACACGUGAGAACGCACACUGGAGAGAAACCGUACAUCUGCUCAAUUUGUGGACAGAGCUUCUCUCAGGGCGGCGCUUUACAAAGACACGUGAGGUCGCACACUGGUGACAAACCGUUUAGCUGCAGCGUGUGCGACAAAAGAUUCAAUGAUAAGUAUAAAGUUAAGAAGCACAAGUGUGCUGGUGACAAGAGCAGCGGACCAGGAAGUGCAGGAAAAUGUCACAUUCUCACAAGAUUAUCGCGUGACGGUACGGAAAGCAUGAUAGCGCAGUACGAGGAGGAGAUUUGUCGAACGAGGGAGGAAAAAGAGCGACAACGUCAUCUACUGGAAGCUGUUUUGAAGCAUCACGAAGAAGUCCACAGAGCCGGUGUCCAUGAAGAAGAGCGGCAGCAGCGACGCUGCGGCGUGGAACGGGAGGGGCCCGAGGCCCCAGACAUCAAAGAAGAAGAAGAAGAAGAUGACGGACACGACGCGGGCCAGGAGCGAGAGCGCUUUCGACGGCAGCGGGAAGUCGAUCCCACCCGGCUGCCCUUUCACCGCGUCAUCGUGAAGAGCGAAGAUGACGACGAGGAAGGCGACGGCGACCACCGCGGAGGAUCCCAAACCGACAGCCUCUUGACUCCGCGGUCGGAUAGCGACAACGCGUCGCCUUCUCCUGACCCUGACGAUGACGAGCGCUCAAAAGGGGACGACGACAAACGGUUGGCGUGUCGGCAGUGUCACAAAACGUUUAGCAACAAUGCAAAUCUGAGAAGACACACGAUGAUCCACACCGGAGAAAAACCUUUCAUGUGCUCAGUUUGCGGUCAAAGAUUCUCUCAGAAAACAUCGAUGGUCACGCACGCGAGAACGCACACGGGAGAAAAACCUUUUUCCUGCUCGGUGUGCCGCAAACGCUUCAGUGAUUAUUCGACUUUGACCAAACACGCGAGGACGCACACGGGCGAGAAACCCUUUUCGUGCUCCAUCUGCAGUAAAAGCUUCUCCCAGAAGGCGACGAUGAGAAUACACGCGCGAACACACACUGGGGAAAAAGCGUUUUUCUGCUCGGUCUGUAAUACGAGUUUUAACGUCCGUUCCACGUUGGUCCAGCACAUGAGAACGCACACCGGUGAGAAACCUUUUACCUGCUCGGCGUGCGGCAAAAGUUUUGGCCAUCCUGCAGCGCUGGCGAGGCAUAUGAGAACACACACCGGGGAGAAAGUGUUCAAUUGCAGCGUGUGCGCGCAGCGAUUCUCCUACAAGUAUCAGGUGAGCAAACACAAGUGCGUCGGUGGACAACAGCAGCAGCAGCAGUGAACGGGACAAAGACCGGGUCGCUUCCCGAGGUGUCCCGCGAGGGGCUCUCCUCCUGGGGAGCCUUGCGAAGCCCGCCGCUCACUCCGCUCUUGACUGGCGCCGUGGGAGGCGCCCUUUUUCCUUGUGACUUCGCUUCGAUCACACGUAC